AAUGUAGGAAGCAACAGGGUCAAGGUCAAGAUGAUGAUCACAAUCAUAAUCAGCAGUUAAGAAGAAUUAAACAAUGUAAUUAGCCAUUGUAUAUUACCUGCACUACCAGACAAAAUACAUAGGGUGCUGGUGUAGGAUCUGAGGAUGAUGUCCUCUGGAAAUAACCUACAGUUUUAUCAGUUUGUAUAGCAAGGGCAAACAUGAACCAUAUAGCAAUUUGCUGAGAUACCUUGCUGCUGAUAUCAGUAAAAGGGCAUUGUUGACUAAAAAGUCAUAAACGUCGGGCUAACAGGCUUCUAGUUUUUUUUUUGUUUUUUUUAAUCUUAUACAGCAAUUUGCUGAGAUACCUUGCUGCUGAUAUCAGUAUAAUCUCAUGCAUCAAGCAGCAAAAAACCAGUAGUAUAAAUAACAAUCACACCAUCACUUUAAAGCAUUCACCACUAGAAAGUUAAAAAAAUGGCAUUCCAAAGUUUUGUUUACUUCCCCACUUUUAUUAUAAUUCUAUAUAGAAUAGCAACAACUGUUAUAUCAGUAAAAACUAACUUUCAGGUUGAAUUAGAAGCCUUACAGACCUUCAAGAAAUCCAUCACUAUAGAUCCUCUUGAUUCAUUGUCCAACUGGACUACCACAAAACACCAUUAUUGCAAUUGGACCGGCAUUUCCUGUGAUACAUUUACAAACAAUGUUGCUGAAAUAAAUCUUAGAAAGAAGAAGAUCGGAGGAAGACUAUCCGGUUCCUUGGGGGCCCUAUCUCACCUUCAGGUACUUGAUCUAUCCUCUAAUUUAUUCUAUGGUCCGAUUCCUUCAGAGCUGGGAAACUGUUCCCAGCUCAUGCAGUUGAGCCUUUCUGAUAAUGUCCUCUCUGGACCAAUACCGUCAGUGUUGGGAAAUCUCCCAAACUUGACAUACCUAGACUUGGGAAACAAUUCCUUCACCGGAAGCAUCCCAGACAGUAUUGCAAACUGCACAUCCUUGGAGCAAAUUGGGUUGAGUUCAAACAAUCUUACAGGUAAAAUUCCACCCAACAUUGGAAAUUUAGCUAGUCUCCAAGUCGUUAUUGCUCAUACAAAUAAUUUAGAAGGUUCUAUACCUGAAUCCAUAGGAAAGUUGACAGCAUUAAGGACUUUAGAUCUCUUCCUAAACAAACUAUCUGGGGUAAUACCAGCAACAUUAGGCAACCUGCCUAAUUUGACAUAUCUAAACUUAGGAAACAAUUUCUUAACUGGAAGUAUCCCUGAAAAUUUCUUCAAUUGCACAUCUUUGGAACAACUUUCACUCAUUCAUAAUAAUCUUACUGGAAAAAUAUCAUCUAAGAUAGGAAAUUUAGCUUACCUCCAAAUUUUCUUUGCUUAUUCCAACAGAUUAGAAGGUUCGAUACCUGAAACUAUUGGGAAGUUAACAGCAUUGACUGCAUUAGACCUUAGUGGAAAUCAGUUAUCUGGAAUAAUUCCUCCCAGCAUAGGAAACUUGAUAAACAUACAAACCCUACAUCUCAUGGAGAAUAAACUUACCGGAAAUAUACCACCUGAAAUAGGCCGCUGCAGAAAUCUAACUAAUCUGAUUUUGUACAGCAACAAAAUAGAAGGCAGCAUCCCUCCAGAGUUGGGUAAUUUACGUAACCUGCAAGACCUAGCACUAUAUAAUAACAAAUUAACUUCUAUAAUCCCCAAGUCCUUAGCGAACUGCAAACUUUUGACAACCUUAGAAAUUUCAAACAAUCAACUAAGCGGAAUUAUACCUCCUGAGAUUGGAUCUCUACCAUCCUUGGAAGUGUUGUUUCUGCAGGUGAACAAACUGACAGGCCCAAUUCCGUCUUCUUUGACCAAUCUAACAAACUUACAACUAUUUUCAGCAAGUAUGAAUUUCCUCACAGGGAAAAUACCAUCUGAUAUUGGAAAACUUCUUAACUUGAAGGACAUUAGUCUGAAUGACAAUCUAUUAAGUGGCUCAGUCCCUAGUAGCAUUACCAAUUGUUCGAAUUUACUCGCUAUCAGCUUAUCUUAUAACAUGUUAACUGGGAGGAUACCACAAGGUUUAGGGCGGUUGUCCAACAUCACAUUUUUUUCUGUUGGAUACAAUUUCUUGUCUGGAGAUAUUCCAGAUGACCUCUUUGAUUGCUCCAAUCUUGAAACCUUAGAUUUAAGCACUAAUAAUCUAAGUGGGCCUCUGAAUCAAAGGGUGGGGGAACUAAGCAAGUUAAGAAAGUUGCAACUUUUUCAUAAUUCGUUUACUGGGAAUAUUCCACCAGAGAUAGGUAAUUUAACAAUGCUGAUCAGCCUAAUACUCCACACAAAUAGGUUCACAGGCCAAAUUCCUCCCGAACUCUCCAGGCUCUCGCUCCUUCAAGCCCUUACUUUGAAUGAUAAUGCAAUGGAAGGUGAAAUCCCACAGGAGUUUUUUCGACUAAAACAACUAAACAUUCUUAAGCUACAAAAUAAUCAGUUUAGAGGUCCAAUCUCAGAGUCUUACUCUGAAUUGAAGCUUCUUUCAACUUUAAUCCUAAGUGGAAACAAUUUCCAAGGUUCCAUUCCAAGACACAUAUUUGAACUAAGCCCGCUGUUAUCACUUGAUAUCUCCCACAACAAUUUAACCGGGCCAAUAAUAGCAGGCAUGAAAAGCUCACUAAUGUACCUGAACCUAUCACACAAUUCUUUGUCAGAAACAAUUCCUGAAGAUAUCGGCAAACUGCAGAUGGCAGAAGUCAUCGACAUCUCACAUAAUGAUUUGUCAGGAACAAUUCCUGAAACAAUUAAGAAUUGCAGGAACUUACUCAUCCUUGAUAUGUCAAAUAACAAGCUAUCUGGCCCCCUUGGUGAGAUAUUAUCUGAUAUGGAGUACCUCACAAACUUGAACCUGUCACAAAACCAAAUCAAUGGUAAGAUUCCGGCUAGUUUGGCUAAUCUAAAACAUCUAAGUGCAGUUAACCUUUCAUGGAACCACUUGGAAGGUGAAAUCCCUGAGAAUUUCAGUGCUCUCUCCAGCUUAAAACAUCUGAACUUAUCUUACAAUCAACUUGAAGGCCCUGUUCCACAAUCCGGUGUAUUUAAGAACAUGCCAGAAUCCAACUUAGCAGGAAACAAAGGUCUAUGCGGAACCAAAUCUCUUGGUUUGUGUACCGAAAGAAGCCAUGGCCAGUCUCGGCACAGUCUGUCAAGGAAAACGCGGCUGAUUAUGAUACCUCUAGUUUGUAUUUCAGCAUUGCUGCUUUUUCUAAUAGCAAUCAUGUCUUAUAAACAUUACCAGAAGAAAAGGAAACUAAAAAAACGUGAGACUUGUAACGUAGAUUACACUGCAGCUUUAGUCCUUCAAAGAUUUGAAACAAAAGAUAUAGAAACAGCAACUGAAUUCUUUAGUGAACACAACAUCAUCGGCAGCAGCAAUUUAAGCACUGUGUACAAGGGCAGAUUGGAAGAUGGACAGAUCGUAGCUGUAAAGAAGUUGAACUUGCAGCAAUUUGCAGCAGAAUCUGACAAGUAUUUUAAUAGAGAAGCGAAGGUUCUAAGUCAGCUGAGGCACAGAAACUUGGUCAAAGUUAUUGGUUAUGCAUGGGAAAGCAGGAAAUUGAAGGCUUUAGUUCUUGAAUACAUGGAGCAAGGAAAUUUAGAUAAAAUCAUCCAUGAUCCUUCAGUAGAUCGCUCAACGUGGACCCUGUCAAAGAGAAUUGAUGUUUGUAUCUCAAUUGCUGAGGCCAUAGCUUAUUUGCAUUUAGAUUAUGACUUCCCCAUUAUUCACUGUGACUUGAAGCCUUCAAAUAUUCUCUUGGACGGAGACUGGCAAGCUCAUGUUGGUGACUUUGGAAUGGCGCGAAUGCUAGGUGUUCACCUCAACUAUGGUGACAGCGCUUCUACUGCAUCAGCAUUUGAAGGCACAAUAGGCUACAUGGCACCAGGUAAUUCUACCCCUAAGUCAGUCUUUUCUGUAGUUGUCUUUACACUAUAA